AGCGUUUGAGGAUGAAAGCAAGGCCAGGAUGGGCGUGGUGGAAUGUGCCAAACAUGACCUGGUGCAGCCAUUCAACGUGCUGCAUGAGAAAGAGGGUGAAGUUGUAGCUCAGUUCAAGUUCACCGUGCUGCUCAUGGCCAACGGACCCCUGCGAAUCACAAACAGCCUCUUUGAGCCAGAACUCUAUAAGUCUGAGCAUGAAGUGGAGGACCCGGAGCUGAAGGCUUUGCUUCAAAGCUCAGCCAGCCGUAAGACCCAGAAGAAGAAGAAAAAGAAGGCCUCAAAGACUGUUGAAAGCGCAACAGGACAGGCGAUGGAGACUGAAGCUGCAGAAUAGAUUUCUCUGACAGACAAUGGAUGACCCAAAGAACAGACGUCACAAAUCCUUCUGUCCCAGCUGUCUGAGGCACUUGCGGGCAUAGCCGCUGUGAAUACCUCUGAAUCUAACUGAUGUCAGUCUGGGAUGAUGCUGCUCCUAAAUUCUGUCACUCCACCUAAAACACACGCUCACACACGCACACACACACGCACACGCACACACGACCAUCCAUAGUAAAUCUCACUGUCCUUGAGACUGUCUUCUUCUCUUUACGGUGGACAAUAGUUCUGCUACAAAAGAGGGUAUUUUGUGCAAGGGCAUAACACUCACUGGAACAUUCAGCUAUUCGACUGACCUUGAGCCUUCGCCCCUUUCUCCACAAUAACUGUAGUGAAAGAUAUGGAAAGUAAAAUGAGUUUGACAGAGCGGCCAAGGAUGAUGAAUGCACAAUACUGUGUCGGGGUAAUUGUGUGGCAUUUAGAUAACUUCCUUGAGGUCAUAAACCUGAAGCCAUGCCUUUUUAAAUGAGUGUUCACUUGUUGUGGGCAGAAAUGUGUAACACCUGCGUUGAGCCCUGAAGUUAUGAGCAUAGACAUUACUAUUACUGCAUUUAUACUGCUCGCGCUUAGGUCUGUCUGCUAGUGUACAUUUGUAGGAAUCUGCUGUAGGUUACUCGGCUAACAACUCUAAAACUGACAAUUUAAGGCAUACCGGUUGAGUGAUUUAACGAGUGAAAACAUGAAUUUCUCAGUUGUGGAUGGUCUAACUCCUGCCAAGGGUUCAGCAUUCAGUCCUCUGGUGCCACCAUCGAGUCUGACAGUCUGUGUUUACAUAAGAAUUCCAUACCUGUUAGAUUUAUGGAUGCUUUUGUAAAACAAAUCCCAGUUUCAGAGACUAUUUUUGGAAACAUUAAAAAGCCACCUGACAUCA